AUGAAUAUUGAGAUUUUACCAUCAUUCUGCAAGAUGAUGGUUCCACUUUGGGAGAUGGAAAGAUUCAAUACAUCAGAGAAGAUGCAGUUGAUGAUUUGUAAUAAGAAGAAACAAGUAAAAGUUGUUGUAGUAACGAAAAAUUCUAAUGUUUCUAUUCUUGAUCAGUUAUUUAUGAAAGAAUUAAUAACACCACAAUAUGUUCACAACAAUGUUAUCUUAUCUAAGAACGUCAAAUUCGAUGCAUACAAUGUUAAGAGCGAAGAUUGUAUUUUUGUUUUUGAUGACAAAGAACGAAACACACUUGAUUAUGACGAGAUCGAGACAAUCAUCAGUCUUACAAAGGACAGACACAACGAAUCAGACAUUUCUGUUCGUGCACGUGCAGCAGCAGACAACAGCUUCAGGAGAGAGAUUCAACGUCUCAACGACAUCAAGUUCAACAAGAGACAACUCAAAAGGAACUUCAACUAUAAACUUAACAUUGAAGAAGACAAAACAACAAACACACAUCAAAACAAAACACAAACAAUCAUUCCUUCUUCAAAUUUUAUAUCAAACACCCCUUUACCAAAGUUCUGGUAA